AGGGGGGAAAGGAAUGCCACUUCCGGAAGGGAGCCAGUCCUCCUUGGACGGGUCUGCACUCGCCUGGGCAGCUUCUCUCCGUCUAUUUCCUGGGCCCUGUCCGUUCUGCCAGUUCUUCCCCUUCAAAAAUCAUCUGGCGGGAGAGGAGAGAAUAUCUUCUUCCACUUUGGAGGCAUUCUAGACGCAUAGAACCAGGAUGGAAGGGCAAGAGCCAGCUGUCAUCCCGUUAGAAGUAUUUUCUUUGGCUGUUGAGGCAGAGAACAGUAGAGCACCCUGGGAGGACCCUUGGACGAAAGACCGGGAGAGCAAUCUGCUCCAUUCAGAUCUUCAGCGCCAGGGCUUCCGGCAUUUCCGCUACGAAGAGGCCUUGGGGCCCAGAGAGCUGUGCAGCCGCCUCCACUCUCUCUGCUGCCUGUGGCUGAAGCCCGAGCGACACUCCAAGGCGGAGAUGCUGGACCUGGUGAUCCUGGAGCAGUUCCUGGCCAUCCUUCCUGCCGAGAUGGAGCACUGGGUGAGGGAAUGUGGGGCAGAGACCAGCUCCCAGGCCGUGGCCUUGGCUGAAGGAUUCCUCCUGAGUCAGGAAGAGGAGAGGAAGCAGGAGAAGCUACAGGUGCAGGACUCUGUUGCAAAUGAGACCAGUCAGGUGGAAGAGCCUCCUUUAGACAUCGUGUGUGUUGUCGUGACUGGAAAUGGAGAAUAUGUCAUAGUUGGCAAUGAAACAUGGCCAAGUGACAGUAGCACAACCUUUCAUGACUCUUUCCUAAGAGGAGAUUCUGUGGGACCAGAGCAGGUGACAUUUGAAGAUGUGUCUGUGAAUUUCUCAGAGGAGGAGUGGACCCUCUUGGAUUCAAGCCAAAAAGCCUUGCACCACCAAAUCAUGGAGGAGAAUUUAGGAAUCGUGUCAUCUCUGGAGGAGACACCAUUUAAAUAUUUCGAUUUUGGAAUGAAUUUUGAGUGGGACAAGAGCUUCAGUCAGAAAUCAAACCUUGUUCGUCAUCAGGCAACUGAAACAGGAGAGAAGCCAUUUAAAUGCCCAGACUGUGGAAGGAGCUUCAGUCAGAAGAGAGUUUUUGUUCGUCAUCUGGCAGCUCACAAAGGAGAGAAGCCAUUUAAAUGCUUGCAGUGUGGAAAAAGCUUCAGUCGUAAAACAAACCUUGUUCGUCAUCAGGCAAUUCACACAGGAGAAAAGCCAUUUAAAUGCCCAGAGUGUGGAAAGAGCUUCUAUCAAAAGGAACACCUUGCCAUUCAUCGGUUAGCUCACACAGGAGAGAGACAAUUUAAAUGCUUGGAGUGUGGAAAGAGUUUCAGUCAGAAGAGAAUUUUUGUUCGUCAUCAGGCAAUUCACACAGGGGAGAGACUGUUUAAAUGCCCAGAGUGUGGAAAGCGCUUCAGUUGGAAGGCAGACCUUGUUCGCCACCAGAAAACUCACACAGGAGAAAAACCAUUCAGAUGCUUAGAGUGUGGAAAGUGCUUCAAACGGAAGAUAGCCCUUGCUUGUCAUCAGGCAACUCACACAGGAGAGAAGCCAUUUCAGUGCCCAAAUUGUGAAAAGCGCUUCUGUCAGAAGGUAGUCCUUGUUCGUCAUCUGGCAACUCACACAGGAGAGAGAGUGUUUAAAUGCCCAGAGUGUGAAAAGAGCUUCAGACAGAAGAAAGAUCUUGUUUGCCAUCAGAAAACGCACACGGGAGAGAGACCCUUUGAAUGCCCAGAGUGUGGAAAGACCUUCAGUCGUAAAUCAAAUCUUGUUCGUCAUCAGGCAACUCACACAGGAGAGAAGCCAUUUCAAUGUCCAGAGUGUGAAAAGAGCUUCUGUCAGAAGUCACACCUUGUUCGUCAUCAUUUAGCUCACACAGGAGAGAGACCAUUUAAGUGCUCAGAGUGUGGAAAGGGCUUCAAACGGAAGAUAGUCCUUGCUCACCAUCAGGAAACUCACAAAGAAGAGAAAACCAUUUUAAUGCUUACGAGUGGAGAAAUACAGAAAGUAGUCCUUGGUCAUCAUCAGGCAACUCACACAGAAGAGAAUUCAGAGUGGGGAAUGAGCUUCAGCCAAAAUACAAGCUUUCUUUUUUAAUAGUCAACCCACACAGGGGAGAAGCCAUAUGUUUAGAGAGUGGAAAGAGCUUUAACGAGAACCAAAACCUUCGGAAACAUGAAAUGGAGAGAAUGGAGAGAAAUCAUUUAAAUGCUCAUAGUGUGGAAAGAGCCUCAGUCAGAACUCACACCAAUGUUAUUUGUUAUUAUGCAGUUAACACAGGAGAGAAAUAAUUUAUAUCAGUGUUUCUCAACCUUCCUAGUGCCGCGACCCCUUAAUACAGUUCCUCAUGUUGUGGUGACCCCCAACAAUAACAUUCUUUUGCUACUUCAUAACUGUAAUUUUGCUCCUGUUAUGAAACAUAAUUUGGGAGUUGCAGUUGUUGGGAUUUAUGGUUCACCUAUAAUCAAAGUGUAUUCUGAACUCCACCAACGAGGAAUUGAACCAAACUUGGCACAAAGAAUGCCCACAACCAACAGAAAACACUGGAAGGGUUUGGUGGGCAUUGACCUUGAGUUUGGGAGUUGUAGUUCACCUACAUCCAGAGAGCACUAUGGACUCAAACAAUGAUGGAUCUGGACCAAACUUGGCACGAAUACUCAGUAUGCUAAAUGUGAAUACUGUUGGAGUUUGGGGAAAAUAGGCCUUGACAUUUGGGAGUUGUAGUUUCUGGGAUUUAUAGUAAACCUACAAUCAAAAAGCAUUCUGAACCCCACCAAUGAUAGAAGUGGGCCAAACUUCCCACACAGAACCCCCAUGACCAACAGAAAAUACUGUAUUGUCGAAGGCUUUCAUGGCCGGAAUCACUGGGUUGUUGUAGGUUUUUUCGGGCUAUAUGGCCAUGGUCUAGAGGCAUUCGCUCCUGACGUUUCGCCUGCAUCUAUGGCAAGCAUCCUCAGAGGUAGUGAGGUCCUCUGAGGAUGCUUGCCAUAGAUGCAGGCGAAACGUCAGGAGAGAAUGCCUCUAGACCAUGGCCAUAUAGCCCGAAAAAACCUACAACAACCCAGAAAAUACUGUGUUUUCUGAUGGUCUUUGGUGACCCCUCUGGCAACCCCUGCCGACCCCUCCAGGGGUCCCGACCCCCAGGUUGAGAAACACUGAUUUAUAUGCUUGGAGUGUCAAAGGAACUUCUCUCAGAAGGGAAAUCUUUCAAAGCAUCAAAGCUGUCACAUUGGGAACAAGCCAUUUAAAUGCUUGGAGUGUGGCAAAGCUUUCAGCUGGGGAAAAACUUAAUUCAUCAUGAAGUAAUGCACACAGAGGACAAACCAUUUAUACCCUUGGAGUAUGGUAAGAGGGGGUCUGUCUUAAGAGCAGUGUCACUCAUCGUCCAGUAACUCACAUAUGAAACUAUUUAUUUAUGGUGUGAGAAGCUUGUCUCAAGAAAUCAAAUUUCUUGAAGUAUUUCUUCAAGAAUACAUCAUGCACUUCAUUGGCUGAAAUGAUUAGCAUUGAAAGAACUUCUGUGAAAAGAUUCAUUUCACACCACGCGUGUUAGGCAGUCCCUUGUAGCUCGAGGAUGAUUGCCUUCCAGAUGUGGUGUCUUGGGUGGUGGGUCCAUAGGUGGCUGUGGAGCCCUAUUCUUGAUCCGCAUCUUCUCCUGCAGUGAGGACAUCGGUUUCCAGGUGGAAGGGGGUCCUAGUCAGGGUUGGCUUGAUGCAACUUCCUCUUGGCAUGUUUCUCUCUUUUGCCCUCCGUUCGUGCUUCUUCAAAUUCCACAGCACUGCUGGUCACAGCUGACCUCCAUCCUCCAGUUAGAUCUCCAUCACACCAAGCAUCCAGCACAGGGGAAUUGGAGCUGGAGACAAAUCUCUUGUUUCACAUCAGACAGGGAAUGAAUCUUUGUCUCAAACACCGUGGUAUUUGGGGGAAAUAAUAAUAAUCUAGAAUCAUGGAAUAAUAGAGUUGGAAGAGACCACAUGGGCCAUCUGGUCCAACCCCAUCAUGCAAGAAAAAGCACAAACCUGAUCAGUUGUCUUUGAUAAAAUGUGUAAUUAAGUAUAAGUGAUAAUAUUUUGAGAGCUAAAGCAUAUUUCAGGUUUUUAAUCAUUCAUGCACACUGGUCACUGCAAAGAUUUCCUGUCUUGUUAGGGUUUAAAAAUACAUUUAAUUGAGAUAUUUGAUGAGAAGUGUGCGGAUGGGUUCGAUUAAUAACAGCCCUGUGUAUCAUGUAAUUCUUUGUAUCCUAUGUAUGUUGGACUGAGUUUUCUUUCAUGAAAUAUCUAAUAAAGCAUAACAGGUAAAUUGUU